AAAUGCAUCUGUGUAACCUAUAAUAAGAAUAAUAAUAAUAAAAAAAACUCAAUAAAAGAGGAAGAAGAAUGAGCAGCAGCAACAGCAGAAGAAGAAGAAGAAGGAAACACAGCGGCAGUACAAAGCUCAUGGUUGGAAAGGAAAGAAGGAAGUAAAACGUCGCAUUGGACUCUAAAAAAAAAAAUCAAUCUUCUACCCAGAUCCAGAGCAGACAUUGUUAAACACACAGACACGGGACAGCAGGAGCAGGAGCAGAAAAAGGAAAUACAUUAUCACCAUGCCGAGAAAGAAAGAAAUAGUGCCAGUGAAUACAGUCUCUACUGUAGCCACAGUCUCUACACAAGCCAAAGUGCAUGGAGCUCCUCGCAGAUUUAAAGAAAACUCGAGGAUAAUGCGCGCACACGAAUCGAUGGUGGAUAUAAUAAAUGGACGUCAUUCUACGAGCUCUUUCCUGGAUGUCUUUACCUCUGGCUUAUUAGGUUUAGAUCUUUUUAGAGGCCUCGACGAAGAGCUGGAGCAUGAUCUCGUUUAUACCGAUGACGAAGAUGACAGCGAUCAGUUUUAUCCGCCGAUUGCUGGUGACAAGGUUUUAGAGCCUCAUCCUCGAAUUAAACAGCUGACUGAUGCGGAAGCUGACAAACAAACAGAAGAGGAACGACGAAGGGACAAAACUGAGAGGAACAAGCGUAAGAAAAUGCGUAAAAAAGAGAAGAAACGCGAGAAAAAGGAGAAUGCAGUUAAAGACAUUAUACCUGAGGAAGAACAAAACAAGUCGGACUCCUCAGGAAAUCAAGAAGAAAACCGUAUAAUUGAAAGUAACGCAGAAGCAAAUGAAUCUCCGGACAAUUAUGACUCUGAUGAUGUAUGCGAGAUCUUUGGAUGGGGCGAGAGCAUGCCUCCAUACACGGGGACAAAUAAAGAAGGAAGAGUUGAGAAGACGAAUAAAGAAGGAAGAGUUGAGAAGACGAAUAAAGAAGGAAGAGUUGAGAAGAUGAAUAAAGAAGAAGAAGAAGAAGAAGAUGGGGAGCAAAAGGAUUUGAAUUUAAAUAAUGCUUCUAAUGCUGAAUCGGCGCCUAAGGAAACACAUAAGCAGACGCCAGUGACGAAGACAAAAGAAGAAAAAACAGAAUUACCAGAGGUUCAGAAGCCCAAAGAGGAAAAACCAAAAGUCCAAAAGAAAAAGGAAGAGAAACAGGAAACCAUUAAAGAGGUUAAAGAGGUUAAAGAGAAAACAGUGGAUGUCACCGCAGAAGAAUAUGCAAAGAAAAGUAGAGAGCUGGCAGGUAUUGGAAAUCGUUUGGCCGCCUCGGGACAGUACCGGCCGGCUGUGAAAUGCUUUACCGACGCCAUUAAAUACAACCCAACAGAAUUUAAAUUAUUUGGAAAUCGGUCCCUCUGCUAUGAAAGGAUGCAGCAGUACGAGAACGCUCUGAGGGAUGCUGACCUGGCACUCUCCAUGUCGCCAAACUGGGUGAAAGGCUUAUUUAGGAAAGGGAAAGCUCUCUGCGGGCUCAAGAAAUACUACGAGGCCUCGCUGGUCUAUAAGGAAGUGCUGAACCUGGACAGUACGAGCCAGGAAGCCUCGCAGGAGCUGAAACGAGCACAGACGUUACACCUCAUGGAAAUGGGCUUCUCCUGGGCGCAGAGCUCUGAGGCCUUGAAGACUCACGCCACGCUAGAGGACGCUGUGGAAACGCUGUCUGGCACUGAGACUGGUCGGGCUAUUCGAAUGGCCGCCGCCAGCAGAGAGAAGAUGGAGCAGUUGAUGGCGCAACAGGAAGAAGGCACCGAGGAGGAGGGAGAGUGGAUCGUCUACGCACCACAACCAAACCGUCCCAGAGCGCAGCAGAUGAACAGUUUGGACCAAAGCAGGUCGAAAUCUGAGUCGCCGACCCCUCUAUCAAAGAACGCUCCCAAACCGGAGCUGUUCCCCAUUUGGGUUGGAUCCUUGGCACCUGCCGUCACCUACGCGACGCUGCACGAGCUCUUCAGCAGAGCCGGGACGGUCUACAGCAUUAAGAUGCUGCUGGAGCACCAGUGUGCCUUCGUCAACUACACCAAGAAAGAAGACUGCGACACAGCAAUCAAGUGUAUUAAUGGAAUGGUGGUAGAGGGCGCUCCUCUGUCAGUGCGAUACCCCAAUAAAAUCCCCGUUGGACUGGGAAUGUCCAAAUGGGCUGCCACCGAACCCUCCACCUCCUCACGCCCUACCGUUUACAAGAAGGAGUGCUUCUUCUGGAGGACCACGGGCUGCACGAGGCACGACUGCACCUACAGACACAUCCCAGAGCACAAGAAUAUCGACAAGGAUAAAUUCACCAAUAAACUGACGACAAAUCACAUGUAGAGAAACAGGAAAGAAAAAAUAAUAACGUGAUGAAUAAUAAGCAUGCAGCAAUUCCUCUGAAAUUUGAUGCAGUGGUGGCGCCAAAACCAGACGGCUUCUCAUUCAACUUUUGGUUUCUGUGAUGCUUCUCGUUACGGUUCUGUUUGCAGUAGAGUAACGCUGUUUGGAUUUCACAUUUCGUGUCAUGUUUGGACAUUUUGUGCACCAUAAUGGCUCACCACUUAUAUAAAUCCAAAGGUCACACAAGAUUACAUCAUAGUCUACUAUAUUAUUGAUUUAAUGUGCCUUUUUAUACAGUGGACACCUUAAAUGUGCUUUUGUGAUCUAAUCUGUUUUAAAGAUUGUGUUAAAACACUUAAUCUUUUAAAUUGUUGCAUUGCAUCAUUUUAAAUUGAUUCAACAGAUUUUUUUUCUGUUUUUUUUUUUUUUUUUUUUUUCUCAGUCACCACUAGGUGGCAGCAGUGUAUGUUUUCCCCCUUUUCUUCAGGGCAGUUUCUGCUUUUAUUUUAAAGGCUGUGAUUCAUUAGUAGUUAAGCCAAAGGCACUUUUAACGUGCUGUGUUUAAUUUUUGAGUUUGUGCUCUGAAAUCAGGUUGCUAGGAAGUGUUAAAGGUGUGGAGGGGGGGAGGGGGUGUGUUAAAGGUGUGGAGGGACUAAUGGUUCAGUUUAAUACUUAUGUAAAUAUUUAAAAUUUUGUCAAGUCCCGGUCUGUUGGAGAAUGUGUUAAAGUUUAUUCUUGUUUGGACACAAACGGUCAUGCAGUAAGUGCCUUUUAGUAGCACUGUGGUAUCUUUUAUUUCACACACCCGGAUGAGGCUUUAAGCUUCAACUUUGUUUCAUAACUGUAACAUCAUAAACGUUAAUAUAUAUACAGUGCAUGACCAAAGAGUUUGUGUAGGAGGAACAUUAUAAAUGAGCGUUGAUAUGACUCACUACAAAGAAUAAUAAAGUCAGCCCUGAUGAUGAGCAGAAAAA